AUGUCAACUAUCUUUAUUGAUCCAAAGGAUCUACCAGAUGGUGGUUAUGGUCUCAUUCAAGUGCUUUUUCUCGGGGCUGUUUAUGGCUUUGUGCUUUACAACGCAAGUAAUCUUAUUUCCGACGGCAGUGAGCUGCUACUGCUUGUGCCUUCCAUGGCUGGCAUCGUGGGUAGCAUCGUGCUACCUGUGCUUGGUGCUGUACCCGAUGGUGCCAUUGUAUUAUUUUCUGGCAUGGGACCAAACGCCCAAGAGCAGGUAUCGGUAGGCGUGGGCGCUCUUGCAGGUUCUACUAUCAUGCUCCUCACUAUUCCGUGGGCUCUUAGCAUCUAUGCUGGCCGUGUUAACAUUGAUGAGAAUGGACGUGGCAAUUACGUACGUCCUAAGGGUGAUCAGCACUGGGCAAAACUCAUGCCGCCUGGAAACAGAGACCUAACAAAGACGGGCGUCGUGCUAUUUGACGAGAUUCCAUCCACAGCCAAAACCAUGAUCCUCACGAGCUUGAUCUACUUGAUUUUACAGGUUCCAGCCUUAUUCUAUACUGGUACAGCUGAAGAAGAUGCAAAGGCUGAUAACAACAAGGUUGCCAAGGCCGAGAAACCCUUUGCCAUCGUCGCCUUUGUCGUGUCUAUGAUCGCCUUUGUACUGUACCUGUACUGGAAUGUGAAACGCUCCUCAAAAGUUAAAGAAGAUGUAAUUGAUGAAGUUCGUGUCGCUGCUAUUCGUGACGGAGAGAUCAGUCUGUCCGGUAUUCUUGCCAAAGAAGUGGCACAUCUUAAGCAAAGAUCAACAACAAACACGACUCCUCUCAACGCCACGCGCGAGCAGUUUGACCGUGUUGCUGAUAUCAUCCGCCCGUUCUUCCAUGCCUAUGACAGGAACCGUGACCGUCGCAUGGAUACCGAUGAACUACAACUCUUUUUUAAAGACUUGGGUGAAAGCCUUACCCGUGAAGAGGUCGCUACAUGGAUGACGGCCGCUGACAAGGAUAAGAGCGGAUUUAUCGAAUUCAAUGAGCUUGUCGAGGCUACUCUCCGCUAUCUACUCGCCAAAUACGAGAAUGAAAGCCAAGGUAGAUCGUCGGUCUCAAUGCACCGCGUCGUGGUGGAGCACACGCAUUCCUUGGCCAUCCCGGCCGCUGAAAUUGACGACGAUGAAGAAGAGGAAGUCCCGGAAGACCUUGCUCACCUGUCGAUUGCGGAGCAACAAAAGAAAAUCAAGAUCCGCUCGGCUUACAUGAUGUUCCUCGGUACGGCACUUGUGCUGCUCUUCUCGGACCCGAUGGUCGAUGUGCUAUCGGAGGUUGGCGCGCGCACCGGUAUUCCCGCGUUCUACGUGUCGUUCGUUGUGGCACCGUUGGCUUCAAACGCCAGUGAGCUCAUUGCUGCCUGCAACUAUGCGCAAAAGAAAACAUCCAGGACCAUUUCCAUCUCAGUAUCCACUCUUCUUGGUGCUGCCUGCAUGAACAACACAUUCUGUCUUGGCAUCUUUGCUGCGCUCAUGUCGUUUAUAAGUGGUGGUCUCGUAUGGAAAUUUUCGGCCGAAACGUUUUCAAUCUUGUUCGUCGAGCUUUCGAUUGGUUGUAUCGCCAUGAAAAAGACCCAGCGUCUAGUCGAUGGCCUCAUUGUGUUGUGCCUGUACCCGCUCUCCAUUUUUCUAGUCUUCCUACUGGAGAAUGUACUUGGCUUGGACUAA